UAUUACUCAUUUGCCUAGUGAGUUUCCUGCUUCAUUUCUGUUUUGCAUAUAAAUACUUCCUGAAAGAGAUGAAUAAAGGACCAGAAAGUGUAUCAUGUUCCCUUGAUGGAAUUCCAGACAAAUUAGUGGAGUCAAAUCCCGACAGUAACACGAGCAAUGAAGCCUCAGCAAAAGAAAAAGACAUGCUGCCCUCUCCUGAAGAACUGGAAAGUAUGCAGCUGAAACCCAGUAGAGACAAACUCAGGAAAAAACUCUGCGGCUAUUUAAACAAACUGGGCAUCAAGGGGCCUAUCAAGACUUGGAAGUCCCGCUGGUUCUUUUACGAUGAAAACAAAUGUCACUUACUGUACUACAGAACGGCACAGGAUGUCAACCCUUUGGGGACUAUCGAUAUCUCCAGCGCCAGCCUUGACUGCAAGUUAGAAAACGGGGAAGGGAUUUUUGAGAUCAGAACACCAAACAGAGUUUUUACUUUGAAGGCAAUCAGCAAGCAAGCAAUGAUGUAUUGGCUGCAGCAGCUACAAAUGAGACGCUGGGAAUUUUGCAAUGCUCAGACCAGAUUUCCUGUGGGCAGCUCCCAGUUUGUGAAUGAACCGCUGCUUGGCAGAACAAAUGUCAUUGACAGUGAAGACUUUCUGCCUCCAGUCAAAACACCAACAGAAGCAGUGGGUUUAAAGGCAGCUUCUUUGCCUGCACCCCAAACAUCCACUGCUUUGCAGAACAUAUCCCUUAAGCACCCCUGGACAGAGAUACAAAACACUGUCUACAAUAUCUGUGGCUCCAAGCAGCUGUGGGGGAACAAUGGGAAUGUCUUUAAUUUUGAUGAAUUCCAGGAGCAUCCUGAGAACCUGGAUGAGGAACAAGAGGCAGAAAUGGAGGCAGGGUGUGCAGCAAAGGAGGGGGCUCUGGAGGACGUGAGGAUAGAACCCAGACUGAACUGGGCUAGGAAGGCCAAGUGGAGGAACAGUGCUUCCCCAGGCUUGGCUGAAGAGCCGCACCGGGAGAGGAGCCCAGUGGAUAAAGUCAGUGUCCUACAGCAACAGAUGCUGACACUCACGGAAGAAGUCAAGUCACAGAAGGAGCUGGUUAAGCUUCUCCACAAAGCUCUGGAGGCAGCCCAACAGGAGAAGCGAGUAUCCAGCAUGUACCUUACUGCAGCAGAGGAUAAGGACAGGCUGGAGCUGGUGCGCCACAAAGUGAGACAAAUUGCAGAUCUAACCAGUCGACUGGAUGCUCUUGAGAAAGAAAAGAUGGAGCUGGAGCAGACACUAACCCUGAAAGACAGCCAUAUCCAGGAACUCAAAGAUCAUGUGCAGCUUCUGAUGGAAAAGAACCAUGCGAAACAGCAAGUCAUCAUGGCCUUGACAGAGCACAUGGCCCGAGAGCUCUCUGAUCCCCUGCAGGAAACCAACACUAUCACUGUAGAAACGUUGUAUAAACAGCAGGAGGAGAUUGAGCACUUGAAGGAUGAUAUUGAUGCAUACAAAACACAAAAUCAGUUUCUGAACUCGGAGAUCCACCAGGUUACUCGACUCUGGACAGGUGUUGCUGAGAAUGAGAAAGCACUUCUGAUGAAGUGUGCCUGCCUGCAAGCCCAAAAUUGUAAGAUGGAGAGCAAAUACCUGAUGGUUUUGCGGAAGCUGCAAGAGGCUGUGCCUCUUCUGCCCAGCUCCCAUGCUGAGUUGGUGAGGAAUCUCAUCCAGGAAGCACUCCAGUGGGAUGUGAAGGAAGAAGCAGAGGAAGGUCUUAUCCUGAAUCCUGUAAGUGAGUAUGAUGAGUAUGGAUUUAUGACUGUGCCUGAAUACGAAGUUGAGGACUGGAAACUUCUGGCCAAAAUCCAAGCCUUAGAGAUAAAGUCUAACAACCUGCGAAGCCAGGAGGUAGUGGAGAAGCCUCUCCGUGACAGGUGGAAUAGUGUUGGAGAGCUGAGCCCCUCUGCAGAGCUGAAGAGCCUGAUCCGAAGCGGUCUCUCCACCGAACAUCCUGCGUGCCGGCAGAUUGAGCUCGACCUGCCCCGCACACUCACCAACAACAAACACUUUUCUUCUCCUACCUCCCCGCUCAUCCCCAAACUCCGCAGGGUGCUGCUGGCUUUCUCCUGGCACAAUCCUGCUAUUGGAUACUGCCAGGGACUGAACAGAUUGGCAGCUAUUGCUCUCCUGGUACUUGAAGAUGAGGAAAGUGCAUUUUGGUGCCUGGUCCACAUUGUGGAGAACCUAAUGCCUGCAGACUACUACAGUAACACUCUGAUAACAUCACAGGUAGAUCAGAGAGUCUUCAAAGACUUCCUGUCAGAGAAGUUGCCUCGCCUCACGGCUCAUUUUGAACAGUAUCGGAUUGAUGUCUCCCUCAUCACUUUCAAUUGGUUUCUGGUGGCCUUCGUGGACAGCUUGGUCAGCGACAUCCUCCUGCGAGUGUGGGAUGCCUUCUUGUAUGAGGGAACUAAGGUGAUUUUCCGCUAUGCUCUUGCGAUUUUCAAAUACAAUGAGGAAGAAAUCUUGAGGAUUCAUGACAAUGUGGAGAUCUACCAGUACCUUCGUUUUUUCACAAGGAUGAUUGUGGAUGGCAGGAAACUGAUGAACAUUGCCUUCAAUGACUUAAAUCCCUUCCCCAUGAAACUGCUGAGGAACCGUCGGACAAUGCACAGGGAAGAGAUGGAGACAGAGCUGUGUGAGCUGGAACAGAUCAAGGCAGCCUAUGUAAAAGAGAGAGCAGAGCAGGGACCUCAAGAUGUGAAAGAAGUUGUCAGUGAAGAGGAAGAAGAAAUAUAG